AUGGCUGAGAAGAAGCUGAAUGCAAACACAUGUUACAACCUCUCUUUCUUCAAAGAUAUCAUGAAGGAGCUUCGUCGCGUUGACGAUAAUAUUAUCCCUCGUCUCAACACCACCGAUACUCAUUCUGAAAAGGCAUGUGGUGAGUUCUUUGCUCAGCUUGCGGAUUCAUACAAGAAGCGCGAGGAGGCUGUAGACUACUGCCUCAAGGUGAUGGAUGAGCAAAUCGCCAAGAAGACCAAGUUACUCGAAGAAGAUCCUGAUGACUAUGAUACGCAAUCCAGCUUAUUCUCGGAUGAGACCAAGCGUCGCAUGAUCGCGAAUGAAUUGGUGGUUGAGGAUAUUGUUCGUGCUCGUUCCCUACAAGUCUUCAAGAACAAGUGCAAGAUAUUUGACACCUCCUCGCUAGAGCUCAAGUCAUGA